UCUUGGAGAUAAGCUCGUAGAAUUGCCAGCUCAAAAAUGGAAACGAAGCAUGAAAAAUAUAUAGUGAGUGCUGAAUACUCUGAAAACAAUCCACCAAUCACGUGUUCACAUGACCAGGAGGCUCACAGCUCUGCCUGCUGGCAUCCACCUUCAAAUGACGUAACCAGUGAUGUCUCUUCCAACUUAGUUGGGGUCUUUGUGAGCCCAGGAGACCUUGCGCACUCAGGAUACGCACAGAGGACAUUAUCCCAUACACAGGUGAAAGGAAAUUGCUGCAGUACCUGGUCUCUGUGGAAAGUCUUUUUGGCUUGUCUCCUAGCCUGUGUGAUAACAACAGCAAUUGGAGUACUCAUAAUAUUCCUGCUGAAUGACAGAGGAAAUAACGACCCUUCCAUUGUCAUCAAGAUAAUCCCAAACAAUAGGGAGCCUGUAGCUAACAUUGAUGGAACAACCCCUUCUACUUCUCAACCUACAGUGACCAUCACAUCAACUGAACCUACAACUAGAGCCACUUUAACAGAAUCUACAACCAUUACAACAUCCACUGAACCUCCCAUCGCAACAUCCAGAACCAUCACUUCAACUAAAUCUACAGUCUCCACACCUUCAACUGAAUUUACAACCACAACAGCCAACUUCUCUACUUCAAGUAAAACCACAGCUGUUCCCACUUCAACAGGACCUACAACUGCUGCAACUUCAACCACAGAAAAUUCUGGUUCAACUUUACAUUAGCUGACAACCAAAACAAUUACCACUUCCACCAUCUUUGAAUUCACAACUAUAUUCCCUUCAACUGAAUCUGCACCCACUACCGCUUCCGUUCAACCUACAACUACUGGAAUUUCCACUUAACCUACAAUAACAAUGGCCAUCAGCCUUCUUUAACCAUCUGUAAUCUACAUCUACUCACCUGAAUCUGCAAAUGCCAUUAAUGCUUUAGCUAAUAGAAGUACCAUCAGUCAUCAAAAUGUUCUCUUCUAUGGCAAGUUGACCUUUAG